CUUAGCUCCUAUAUGAACCUGAUCCUUCCAAUGACUACAUAAAGAUCUGAUAUCCACCAGAGAAAAUGUUCCAGAUCCUCACAAUACUGUUGCUGGAAAUGCAGCUCCCCAUAAUUUCAGCUUUAUUUACAGUUGAAGUUCCUCAACAGCUGUAUGUUGUGGAUUAUGGGAGCAACGUGACCAUGGAAUGUAGAUUCCACGUGAAUGGUUCAUUGAACCUAAGUCUUUUGACUGUUGUUUGGGAGCAAAAAAGGCAGGGCGAGUUGAAAAGAAGAGACGUAUACACACUCCGCAAGGGGAAGGUUCUCUCUUCAUCCCAACACCACGAUUACAUAGGAAGAGCAGCGCUUCUAUAUAGUGAGCUGAAAUUGGGACGUGCUAUCCUUCAGAUCACCAGUGUGAAGAUCACAGACGCGGGAUCAUAUCUUUGUCUCAUUGACUACCAGGGUGCAGACUACAAGUAUGUUAUUUUGGAAGUAAAAGCACCCUACAAGAUAAUAAACACUCAAAUAAUGAGAAAAGCAGGUGAAGACAAGUUUAUUUUCAUGUGCCAGUCAGAAGGCUUUCCUCUGGCAGAGGUUUACUGGCAAAAUGAGAAGAAAUUCAAUCUCAGUGGAUCUGCAAAUACCACCUACACACUGACUGCAGAUGGCCUCUACAACAUCACCAGCAUCAUGAUCUUCAAACCCAAUAUGAAUGAGAACUAUAGCUGCGUGUUCUGGAGUAAAGAACUGAAUAGAGAAACUUCAGCUCAUAUUUCUGCUUUAGCUGUAAUGAGUACACAGUCCAGUGGACAAAAAUCCCUGAUCUUAUUUAUCAUCCCCAUGUGUGUGAUGGUAGCUGUUCUUCUCUCUGUACUAAUAAUCUUUAAAAAGAGAAAAUCAUUCAAGAAUGGACAACCCAAAAAAGCCAGGAAAAGAAAACUGGACUGUGACCUGAAAGAUGAGAAAAGAGAUAACUGUAACUCUCAAACUGAAGCUUUAUACUUGUCAACUGUCACAGCUUCAAGAGACAAUGGGAGUGUGCAUCUGUGA